GGGGCUCGGGGAGGAACUUCCCCUCGACAUGCCGAAUACACGCAACGCACAAAUCUACGAUUAAACCCGGCAGACGACACCCACUUGUCAACUGUCAAAUAAUCAUCCAGGCAAUAAUUUGAGUUUCCACGCUGUGAAAGAAUCAAGGAUCCUAGAAUUGAUGGGUCUGCUUCGAUGGUGGUUUUACUGGUGGGUUCUCCUGGCCCUGUCGAGUUCCCCCUUCUCAGGGCAGAUCGGGAUGGUGGAUCCAAAGAUAAACGAUGGGUCGCUGGAUCUACACUCUGGCUUUACCUUCUUCGGCAAUCUCCCUCCGAGCGUGCUCGGUGCUGUUACCAUUUUUGCGCUCGCGUCAAGCUUCACCCCACCGCGUCCCCCCAUGAACGUGACCAUAGCUCGUCGCUAUUGGAGGAUUCUUUUCCUGUCUAUUGCUUUGGACUCGUGGAUCUUGAAGUGGACAGACAUGGAUGAUGAAAGGCAUGGAAAGUUUAAUAUUCACAAAAAAGCCCUGGCCCAGAGCGACGGGGACGGGCACCAGGAACCAUACUAUCGUUGGGACUGAUGGUCUGAGUCGUAUUAAUUAACAUCUUGCCCAGUGCUGCCCACCAUCUCUCUUCCCCCGCAGAUUUAAUAUUUAUUGGGCUGGGUUCGCGAUCUCGUCGACUCGUACACUCUCCCUCUACGUUUCGGCCAUUGCCAUCUGUUACAUGGGGUGUUCUUAACAUGGACUCUGCAAUUGUGAACAACAUUCGACCGUGGUUUCAGGCGGUUCUAUUCGUCAACUAAACGAUUUUACGAUAAUAAACAAUUCGCUCCUUUAUUAACUCCGAACUG